GGCAGCAGCCGCAGACCCACGCCGUAAACAGACAACAUGGCGGCGGCGCCCGGAGCGCUGGGCGCUUGGCAGGCCGGCCGCGCCCGCCUGGUGGCCGCUUGCUGUGCGCGGCUCGGCCCGGGGUCGAGGCUGCCCGACUCCUUGAUGGGCCGGCAGGUCGGCCCGGCGAUGUGGGCCCGGGGUUGGGCGCCCGCGGCCGGGGGAGCGGCCCCGCGGAGGGGCUACAGCUCUGAGGUGAAGACGGAGGACGAGCUGCGGGUGCGGUACCUGGAGGAGGAGAACCGAGGAAUUGUGGUGCUUGGAAUAAACAGAGCUUAUGCCAAAAAUUCAUUCAGUAAAAAUCUUAUAAAAAUGCUCUCAAAAGCUGUGGAUGCUCUAAAAUCUGAUAAGAAAGUGCGGACCAUAAUAGUCAGGAGUGAAGUCCCAGGGAUAUUCUGUGCUGGUGCUGACCUUAAGGAAAGAGUCAAAAUGAAUUCCAGUGAAGUUGGUCCUUUUGUCUCCAAAAUAAGAGCAGUGAUUAAUGAAAUCGCCAACCUUCCAGUGCCAACGAUUGCAGCAAUAGAUGGGCUCGCUUUAGGUGGUGGCCUCGAAUUGGCCUUAGCAUGCGACAUAAGAGUAGCAGCUUCCUCUGCAAAAAUGGGCCUGGUUGAAACAAAGUUGGCAAUUAUUCCCGGUGGAGGGGGCACGCAGCGGCUGCCACGCGCCAUUGGAAUGUCCCUGGCCAAAGAGCUCAUCUUCUCUGCGCGUGUGCUCGAUGGCCAAGAAGCCAAAGCAGUGGGCUUGGUCAGCCACGUCCUAGAGCAGAACCAGGAGGGGGAUGCUGCCUACAGAAAAGCUUUGGACCUGGCAAGAGAGUUUUUACCCCAGCUGACCCUUCUGACCUGAGCCAUGCACGUGGAGAGAAACAGCGAUGGAUGGGCUGUCACACUGGCUCACCCCGAGGUGAAACACAUCGAGGCACAAAUACGUAAGGAGACCGCAGUCAAGUAUGCCUGGCCAUAACUUGCUUUAGAUGACCUGCUCAAACAGUGGCAAUUGUUUGUCUCAUUGUCUCUCUUCAUGGUGACAUAGGCAUUGUUUUACCUGCUUUGUGUAUAGUGUACUUCCUCACAAUUACCCUUGCAAAUCUGGAACUCACUGCACAUUUACUGAGCGAAGGCAGUCCUCAUGAGUAAUAUUCGUAGCAGUGCACCAAGGGUCCUGUUUUCAGAGUUUCCUCGCUCUCUCAUUCUUCCAGGUUUAUUGUUCAAAUAUUCCUUCUUUCUGAAAUCACAGAUUAAAGGAUUUUGCAGUGUAAACAAUUAAUUGUUUGUCUUUAUUUCUAAUGGAGUUUUGAACUGCACGACCCCCAACCCCUUCUGGAGUCAAAUAAUUUCCUCUCCCAUUCUGUCAUUUAACUCAAACAGGAUCCAUCACCUGUUUUGGGGCUAUGGAUGCUUCUGGGAACCUCCUGAACUCUCUCUCCAGAAAAAUGCAUACACUCCCACAUUUGUUCAGAGUUUUGCAUCCAGUCUCAGAAGGUGUCCUUGGAGUUCUUUGUUGUCAGUCAAAGGCCCAGGCCUGCUGUGAUGCGCCUGUCCCGAGAUCUGUCAGACGGGGCCUCACAAUUGAGUUGGUUUCUGAAACCACACUGCCUGUUGUUGAUACCAGUCCUUCUCGACUAACGGGUGAGCUGUAAGCUCUUUCAGGGCAGGGCCUUAGAUAAUUUAUUCCCCAUAUAAGAUAAGAGAGCCUUACCCUCUGAAUUGAUGGAGAGGGAGCAAAUAGAAAAGAUUUUUACUGCUUAAAGCAGUAAAAAGUAAAGCUUUCUAGAUAUUUAUUUUUAUUAUUUCUAUUUAUUUUUUCUGUAAGAAGUAAAAGGGGGGAAAAGCUCUCACUGUAACUUUAGUAUUAGUAUUUCUCCCAAAUAACAGAAAUGUCCAUCUAAAGAGAGAGGAGAGGUACACGUAUCAGGAGAAGUGACAGUUUAACUAAGUAGCGGUUUAAUGACUUCCUUUGGCUUAAACUUUAUGACCAAUGCUUGUCUCAGUUGAAAUACAGGGCGUUUCUAAGAAAGGUUAUGGCAUACUUCCAGCCCUGGCACUCCCGGCGUCCCUUGGUCUUUGGACGUGACAGUUCAGCUCCCUGCUCCAGAGCUCCACCCAGGUGGCUCAUUAGCCCCCUGGCGUCUCUGUGGUUCAGAGUCCAUAUCUCAUUCCUGGGAACUAAGCGCUUUCUCCCAUGACUGUCUGUGGUUAAUGCCAUCACUGCCCACAACUCGCCCUGCCUCAGAGCCUCUCCCUCCGCACCUCCACUCCCACAGCCAGCUGCACUCCAGCACGUGGUAAACUGAGCCGGCCUUCCAUCAGGAGAACAUGCCUCUGAGAACAUUAAUUGCUAAAAUUAAUUUUUCCCCAGGUCAGGGGAGAUGUUGAAUGACUUCAGAAUAUGUGUAACUGUAAAACUAUAUGCAAAGCUACAAAACGAAAUUUGAGGUGGAAAAAUUUUUGUUUUUGUAGUCUCUGUCACUGAAUGAUUAGUCUUCCAAAUAAUUAGAAAGCAUCUAUAAAAUUAGUAUUUCUAGAUGAUUUCUGUAUUCUAUGUUAACUUCCAUUUUUCUUUCUGAGAAAAAAGAUUUGUAUAGAAGAAGAGGCAUUAUUUUAUAUUUUCAAAGAGAAGAUAAUUAAAUAAGCAUAUGUAAUACCAUUUUCAUUUUCCUGUUUCCCACAGUUUAUUAAACCUUGCUACCCAGAGUGUGGCCUGUGGACUAGCUGCGUGGGCAUCCCCUGGGAACAUGGGAGACCUGCAGAGGCCCAGGCCCUCCCCAGACCCCUGAAUCCAUAUCUACAUGUUCACAAGGGGCAUAUCGGAGUCUGAUAAGCACCUUGUCUGGGUCAGCUGGUGAUAAAAGUGGAUGGAAAAGAUUCUCGUUGAGAGGAACACUCUGUUUAAAAACAAAUGAAUUGAUCAUUAAAAAAAUGGUGCUAAUGUGUGUACUACACGUGCAAAUCACACGUGGAGGAUCUAAGGUGCUUGUCUAAGCCUCGGAAAGCUGGCCUCUGGAAAAGAUGUUUAAGCAUGUGACUUAGAGAAUUUAGGUAGGUUAAAGCCGAUAAUUGAGAUGCCUAGAUAGAAAACAAUGGCAUCUUUCAGGCCGUCAUGCAUUUAUCCAUUCGCUUAUUAGAGUCCUUUGAUGUGCCUGUUAUUUAGAGUCUACUUUGCAUUUUAAUUCAGAAAACACUUAAAAAUAUGCCAUUGAAGUCUAAUUCAUCACCCAUAAACAAUUUUUAGGAAUGUAAAAUAUGAUCAGAUAACUAAAUUGCAUCUGGAGGAUUGUGGUUUUCUAAGACAAGAGCAUUGUUUUCCUUCUCACAAAGGACUCCCACUUCUUUCCUCUGUGACCCUCACACAUUCUGAAGGACUAAUUUGCACUUUACACUUUGGUGUGAUCUGGGGGCACUGCCUGGAGGACACAUGUUUACUAUUGCUGCCUGCGGAGGAAAGAUGCAGAGCCACUGUCUGAAACAGAGGCGCUCUGAAGCCCAGUGAAGCGACAGCGUCAGCCUCAUCUCUAGCCCAGGUUUCUCUUGUGCUGCUGAUGGGUGUGCUAUUGUGCCAGAAACUUGAUCUCCUCUGCUUUUCCCUCCUGAGCUUCUAGGGAGAUUGCUGAAGAAGGAUAACUCUCCCACUGGGCACUCAGCACCUGCUAAACUUUAAAGAUUUGGGACCUGCCGUGCCGCAGCGUGCUGUGGGAUCUCUGUAACCCACCGAUGCAGUGGAGUCGUUACAGCUGCUGUUUAAGUCCUUGCAAAGCUCCUCAAGGAAAUUUCACAUCAACUCUCUUACAGCCAUUGUUGCUUCAAUGCCGUGGAUCUAGUCAUGGGAAGUUCUGAACUAACUGAGAUAUACAGUGUAAUUUGCAUAAAUAAUUAAAACCUGUUUCUUUAAA